GGAGACAGGAAAGUGAAACAGAAAGUACAGACGAGCAAUAGAACUAAAAACACAGAAGUUAGGAGACGGAGAACAAUGGCAGAAAGACACCCAGAUCCUGUGAGAGAUGCUGAACUGGAGGAAGAGUCUGCGAACAUUCAAACGCCUACAAAAAUAUCAGAUGAAGAGAAGAGAUCAGACCCUGAUCCUGAGACUGCGCCUGAGGACUAUGUGUCAGACAUGUCACCAGUUCCAUCAGACAACUGGAACUGUAAGACGUGGGUGGAAAAUUGGCUUUGGUAUGGACAAUAUGUACAAUUUUGUGUUGUCUCGCAGACCACACAGAAAUGUGAAUGGAUUGAAGACUUGCUAAAAUCAAACAUUUUCAGCAAGUUUAGAAAGGUCGAGGAAACCUGCAAAUUUGAAAUACACGGAGACAUCAACUAUAAAAAUAAAUUGUCUAGCUGCUCCUGUGUCAUUUUUUGUUUUGAAAAUGCCGCCUGGAAUCCCAAAUUGCUUGAAGAUGUGAAGUUGUUAUCUUCCUUUUACGCAAUGAGGAACGUGAUUGUUCUUCUGGGUGGAGGCAAAGCGGAUCCUGGGCUCUUUGAGCAGAAGAUGACAAUGAGGACGUGGUACAAGGAACAGAACUGUGAUUGUAGCUUUGAGAUUCUGCCCCUCACAGACAAUGACAUCACCUGGUGCAGGAAACAUCUGAUGUCAUAUGAGAAGAAGAUGGAGGGAAUAAGACAACUGUUAGAAGGUGGAAUACGUUACUUGGUGAGCUGCUAUAAGAGUGCAGUUGGGAUCUUUUCUCGGUCUUCGGAGAGCGAUUACAAGUGGCUAAUUAACUGGCUGACAUCCGCAUCCUUCAUGAACCUAGGGGACGUCCGACCUUGUUACAUCUCUAACAAUGGGUCCCGGCGGUUCAGAGAGGACGUGUCUCAGUGUCGUUUCGGGAUUCUAUAUCACACCAAGAACAGAGGGAGGAUCAACAUCACUGAUGUCACUGACUCUCUGUAUGACGCCGAGCUACAGUAUAUGUCUGAGAUACUAGGACGGAGUAAUGUGAUUGUCGUGGUUGAUGAUCUGAUAGAGAGCAGUGAUGGGGAGAAGGAUCGGAUCCUGGAAACCCAGCCAAGCAUUAAAGAAAAGGCUGCAGAUAUUUUCCUGUUCACCACAGAUGAAAGAACUUACCUGGAGAAACUAGUGACUAUAAAGAAGUUUAUCAAAGGAGGUUCUACCUCACAGGACUAAUCUUCCUUCACGUGGGAUGGAUGCCAGUAUACUCUCAGUACGACUCUUCAUCAUUCUGCUACAGUACCACAUGUUACUGGUUAGGAGCCAGCUCACCUGGAUGUGAUGAUCUUCCAUUACAAGAGAGAUAUUCUGAUCACUGGGAGUACAGACAAAGUGACAGAAACUCUGCAUAGACUGACUGAUCACAUAUAUAGUUUUAGUGUUUUUAGAGUUAAAUGUAUAUUGCACUCACAGCCUUUUGUGCCUGCAGCUGGCCUGUUGCAUGUCAGCAGUGUACAGCGAGGGCAAUGACACGUAGAUGAAGCACGCCCCUUAGUGAGGCAUCCUACCGGGGUUAAGUGUGUCUUUAGGAACAGAUAAGCCCUCACUUAAGUUUCCUUCUGGCCAAAUUUUUGUGCCCAUCUGUUAGAUUCCUGAUGUAGAGUUUGCGCCUUACCAUCUGAUAAUGACGGACACCAGGGCGAAAUGUUA